UGAAAUAAAUUAUUAACGAAUUUAAAGUAUUUAUAUAGAAGCGGUUAGUCCUUCAAAAUGAAGCGCGCGAAGGGCAAAACCAGCAACACCACGCAGAGCAAGAAAACAAAAUCUGCAUCCGAAAAUGUAAAUGAUGACGCUGCUGAAAGUCCUAAUACUGAGAUGACAGGAUCAGGCAUAAUUUCAAUUGAAUUACUGCAACAGCGCCGUUUGGCUACAGCUAAAAGUAUUUCCGAUUUUCAAUUUAAUAAAAAGCGGGUACGUGUGCUUAGUGCCGCAAAAGAAGUGUGCGAAUCCCGUUGCGGCGGCAUACUGUAUUGGAUGUCACGCGACGCACGCGUUCAGGAUAAUUGGGCAUUUUUAUUCGCUCAACGGCUAGCUCUAAAAUUAAAACUGCCGCUCUUAGUUACCUAUUGUCUCGUACCAAAAUUUCUAAACGCUACACUACGCCAUUAUAAAUUCUUAUUGGGUGGCUUGGAAGAAGUGGAACGUGAAUGCCGCGAACUGCAAAUCCCUUUCCAACUAUGUUUAGGUCCAGCCGCAGAGUGCCUACCUAAAUUGGUGCGAUCGCAAAAAAUAAGCGCCCUCGUGUGUGAUUUUACACCGUUACGUGUGCCUCAGGAGUGGGUGGAGCAGGUAAAAGCAGCACUGCCUGCUGAAGUACCUUUUACACAAGUGGAUGCACACAACGUAGUGCCAUUAUGGGUUGCCUCUGACAAGCAAGAAUAUGGAGCGCGUACUAUACGUGGAAAAAUCAAUUCAAAACUAACAGAAUUUCUUACGGAAUUUCCACCAGUAAUAAAGCACCCUCACAAUAAAAAUGUUAUGAAAAGUUGUGAAAUAAUAGAUUGGGAUGGAGCUAAAGCAUUUCUGGAGUGUGAUCGUUCCAUAGAUGCCGUAGAGUGGGCACAACCGGGAUAUACAGCAGCAUGCGCUCAACUGCAGAGCUUUUGUAAAAAACGUCUGCGCAUUUUCAGCGAUAAACGAAAUGACCCAACCAUAAAUGCGCUUUCCGGACUCUCACCAUGGUUCCACUAUGGCCAAAUUUCUGUGCAGCGUUGUGUUCUCGAGGUAAUGAAAUACAAAUCAAAAUACAAAGCAUCUGUAGAAGCGUUUUGCGAAGAAGCUAUCGUGCGACGAGAAUUGGCGGAUAAUUUUUGUUACUACAAUGCACAUUAUGACAGCCUAAAGGGUUUGCACGCGUGGGCGGCUAAAACGCUUGAUGAUCACCGUAAAGAUAAACGUAGCCCUUCUUAUACACUCGUCGAAUUCGAAGAGGCGCGCACUCACGAUGAUCUUUGGAAUGCAGCGCAGCUACAACUGGUGCACGAAGGCAAAAUGCACGGGUUUCUGCGCAUGUACUGGGCUAAAAAAAUAUUGGAGUGGUCCUGUACACCUGAAAUGGCGCUGGAAAUUGCAAUUAUUUUGAAUGAUAAAUACAGUUUAGACGGCCGAGAUCCCAACGGCUAUGUAGGUUGCAUGUGGUCAAUUGGUGGGGUACACGAUCAAGGCUGGGCCGAACGACCAAUUUUCGGAAAAGUGCGUUAUAUGAACUAUAAAGGUUGUCAACGAAAAUUUGAUGUGGCGGAAUUUGUAACGCGAUAUGGUGGCAAAGUACAUUUAUCAAAGUAAACCCAGUAUUUUGUAAAAUGAGUCUUGGAAUCUCAAUUAUUUGCUAUUUUGAAUUUUUAUAUGUGCAUGCAUGUGCAACUCGUUGUUACUAUUACUGUUUAUAUUAUAUUAAAAGUAAUAAAUUUGCAAAUCGUACGAGGCUAAGGUA